UAGUAUUGAGAAAGCCAGAGUAUUCCUCACAUUUUAUCAUCGAUUUCUGUGUAAAAUUGUUUUGAAGUUGCCUAUUUUCUGAAGAAUUCCUCCGCCAUGGGACUUCCUGUAGGUCUUCGUAAUAUCGCUAUACCCAGAGUGCUGCUAUACUUGGCAUUAGUCGUGGCUUAUUUAGAGACUGGAAUUUAUUGGUUUCUUUCUGGUCUUGGGCUGUGCGAGGCACCACAAGAAGAGAUCAAUCUUUGGCGAGAAUUCUCAGAAAUUUCUUCUGCCAUCUCUUCUUCUUCAGGGCAGAUGAUUAAGCGUAGGUUGUCUGUCAUAACAUUCCGAAAGGUUGCAGAGAAGUUGAUUAAGAUUGAAGAGGAUUUUGUAUGCGCGGUAUGCUUGAGCUCUUUCGAAGAAGAUGAUGAAAUCCGAGAGUUGCGCAAUUGCUCCCACAUUUUUCACAGAAAUUGUUUGGAUAAAUGGAUUGAUAACAAUCAGGAUACCUGCCCUUUUUGCAGAUGUGCUCUGUAUCCACAGAUUCAAAGUGUUGAUAAAUGACGCAAAUGAACGCUUCUCAAACCCUCGAACCUCUCGGUGAUAAAUUCAUUAGGGUUUGAUUUAUUUUUCCUGUGCAUUUUACUUCAUUAAUUUGGGUCAUUUACUCUGCCAGUGAUUAAAAUGAAAUGUUAAUCCUUCCUUUGUUUUUAUUAGUGUUGAUAAAUUAUGCAGAUGAACGCUUCUCAAAAUUAUGGCAGAGGAUAAACCCUCUAACCUCUCGGUGAUAAUUUCAUGAGGGUUUGAUUAUUUUAUUUCUGUGCAUUUUACUUCCUUAAUAAACUUCAUUUGGGGCAUUUG